AUGUGUUCACCUGCCGUGAGCGUGUUGGAUGAAAGCGGCUAUAAGCCGUCGUUUCUAUCAGAUCAAGAACUGAAACAUUUAAUUCUGGAAGCAGCUAAUGGAUUUUUAUUCGUUGUAUGUUGUAAUACUGGAAGAAUUCUCUAUGUUGCCGAUUCGAUAACGCCGGUGUUAAACUUGAAACAGGAGGACUGGAUGAACCACACGAUUAACGAGUUGAUACAUCCAGACGAUCAGGAUAAAAUCCGAGAUCAACUUUGUGGAAGUGAAGUGGCAAUCAAUAAAGUGCUUGAUUUGAAAACAGGUACCGUCAAACGAGAAGGAGCUGCUUCACGAGUUCAUAUGACAUGCCGGAGGGGCUUUAUCUGUCGAAUGCGACUUGGUCCAUUGGAACCGCUCCAUCGAUUGCGGAACCGGCGGCCGCUUUUCCAACAUGGAGGUCACAAUUAUGUGGUUAUGCAUUGUACCGGUUAUAUAAAGAAUACUCCACCUACUGGUAUUGAUGCACCGUCUUCGUCAUGUCUGGUAGCUAUUGCUCGACUUCAGGUAGCCUCCAUGCCUUUGUGUGACCCUGCCGAGUUGACGAGGAUUUCCAUGCGAAUCGCCGACGAUGGUAAAAUGACGUUCGUCGAUGCUCGUGUCUCACAACUACUCGGCCUCACCCCUGAUCAACUAGUCGGACGAUUUUGGUGGCAAGUGGUGCAUCCAUCCGACGAGCAAUCCCUGCACGAAUCGUUUAUUGCGAUGAUGACGUAA